UGGUUGUUCCUCAAGUUUUUAACUUUUAAAUAAUUUUCCCUGCGUUUAUCGUCCUACAAUGACUGCUAUCGAUAAAAUUCAAGUCCUCGACUCUAUCGAAAAGGAAUUGCUCCUUUGUUUACAGAGUGCAGGCCAAGCUCUGCUGGAACUCAGCAAAGAGAAGACCAGCCAAAAGGCUACGGAAACCCACACGAAUCAGUUCUUAAAAUCGCUGAAUAUAGUGGAAUCCAAGCUUUCGGAGCAAAUCAAUUACCUAACGCAAGUGUCCACCGGCCAACCGCACGAAGGAUCGGGUUAUGCGGCGGCUAAAGUAUUGCAGAUGGCCUGGCACCGUAUUCAGCAUGUGAAAUCCCGUAUCAAGGAACUGGAAGAAUGUAAGAUCAAAUACGUCCAGGCUACGAGUAGGCUUCAAACGCAACGAGCAGGACAAAAUCCACCUCCGGGAGGAGUACUGUAAGGGUAAAAUAUUCUCAACUAUUUAGGUAUCGAUAAGCUUCCUUUUUGCGACAAAUAACAAUUUUAUUUCA